AUGUCCUUGUGUCGAAGUCAGUUUUUCUUUGUGAAGAACACUUCUUUACUUAGUGUGGGGCUUAAGGGCAGCGCAGGCAAGCAAUUAUCGCGGCUUCUAGGCAAAAGUCAGCCCACGCCAAAGAUCAGUGUGUUGGGGUCAAGCUUUUUCAAGACGCCUCCUCCUUCCAUUGCAUCAAAGAUUUACGGUAUGAAACACACCAAUGGACAGUCUUUGUUUACCCAAAAGAGACCGUUCAGCACCACAAAGACCAUUUUUGAAGAAGCAAAAGUGGUCAAAAAAUCCAAGUGGCCUGCUAAUUCGAAUAUCAAACUGGGUUACUUGUGUAUGGGAACUUCGGUUCUGGUGUUUGCAAUCGUUAUUCUUGGAGGACUUACAAGAUUGACUGAAUCCGGUUUAUCGAUUACUGAAUGGAAACCCGUGACAGGUGCCAUUCCUCCAAUGUCGCAGGAGGACUGGGAAGAAGAGUUCCGCAAAUACCAAGACUCUCCUGAAUUCAAAUUGCUGAACUCGCAUAUCACGCUAGAGGAAUUUAAGUUUAUUUUCUUGAUGGAGUGGUCUCACCGCUUGUUAGGAAGAAUCAUUGGAAUGGUGUUUGUUCUUCCAACUCUUUAUUUCAUAGCCCGCAGACAAGUUUCACCGCCCGUUGCAUUUAAACUUCUUGGCAUUUGUGCUCUAAUCGGCCUUCAAGGUGCUAUCGGAUGGUGGAUGGUGUACUCGGGAAUCGAUGAGAAACUUCUCGAGGAGCGCAGAUCGAAACCAACUGUCUCGCAAUAUAGACUCACCGCCCAUUUGGCUGCCGCAUUUUUAGUGUAUUGCACUAUGAUCUCCACAGGUUAUGGAAUUCUGAGAGACCAUGCUAUCAUGAAAGACCCGCAAACUUACCUCGAAUUCUUCCAAAAGAUCCAGUCACCGUCGCUUAAACUGUUUCGCCGGCUGAGUAAAGGAUUGCUCGGUUUGGUGUUUUUAACAGCCAUGUCAGGAGCCAUGGUUGCAGGGCUGGAUGCAGGUCUAAUCUACAAUACGUUCCCUCACAUGGGAGACGACUACCUCCCAUCGAUGAAUGAACUUAUGUCUCCUGUCUUUUCGAGACUUGCUGACCAAUCUGAUUUGUUCUGGAGAAAUAUGUUUGAAAACCCAGCUACGGUGCAAUUAAAUCACCGUAUACUCGCCAUCACUACUUUCUGUUCCGUGUUGGCUCUUCACAUGUACUCUCAUAGAAUCAAGUCAAUUGUCCCAAGGCAUGCCUACAAAUGGCUCAACAUUUCAAUGGGACUGGUCUCGCUACAGGUGGCACUUGGAAUUUGUACGUUAUUAUGGUUAGUUCCAACUGAGCUGGCAGCAGCACACCAAGGAGGUGCUCUGGCCCUUCUCACCGGUAUCUUGAUGACUGUGUGCCACUUGAAGAAACCAUCUAGAACAAACCUGAUGUUGCUGAAGAACUUUCUCCACAAAGCGAAGACCAACAGUGUUGCUUUAAAAUAA